CUGCAGCCAGCUGCUUCUGGUUACACAGGCAGGUCUGCAGUGAAGAGGAGGACCCGGCAUGAAGCAGAAGCUGGAGCAGAAGCUAGAGCUCGCUGCCCUCGGCCUCGGCGCCAUCGGGUGGCUAUGUGCCAUUCUGACACGCUGCCUAGCCUUGUGGAAAGUAAGCGGCACCGUGGACAACACCACAGCUACUCUGCCUGCCUACUGGGACGGGGUGUGGUUGGAAUGGGAUCACUGGGAUUUGGCCCACGAUGGCAGCCUGCAUUGCUCCUUUUACCGGUCUCUCAUGUCUCUUUCUGGAAGUUUUCGGACGUGGAGAGCCCUGAUUUUGGCAGCCAUUGGCGCUGGGGCUUUUGCUUCAGUGAUCGGAACAGUGGGGAUGGCGUGGUUCCCUCAGCGAGGCCAGAUCAAAGUGUUUUCUGGUAGUCUCUUUGUUUUGUCAGGGAUCAUACUGUUGGUUCCCAUAGCUUGGACGUGCCACCACACCAGUCAGCCACUGGAGGGCGCUGUGGGUCUACAAAGGGACUGGGGACCUGCUCUCUACCUUGGAUGGAUCUCUUUUGGCUUGAUGCUUGCCGGUGGGGUGUUUCUUACCACCAGAUGCCCAACUGCUCAGAGGCAGGAGGAGCAGACUUCAGACAGCAGGUACCCAAAUCUAGAGGAGGAGGCCAGUCACCCACUGAGCAGGAUCAACAGGACUACGUUCACACACAGCCAGUACGAACGCAGAUCAGAGCCUAUAUGAGAGGACUGUGAUGCAAUAUUUAACCGAGCGUGAGGGAUUAAACUGGAAAAUCAGCAAAGAGCUGAAGAAAACUUGUGGCUGCAGGUUAGGUAAUGAUGCACUGGCUUAAAAGUAAUGAACACAGCACUGGAAAGUCAUUUAUCAUGGGGCUAGUUUCACUGAUAGGGAUGUGGGCAGGACUUUAACUUUGCAUGUUGCUUUGCAGUGUUUUCACCUCCAGUGAAGAUAGCAAACUGUUCAUAAUGCAGUACUGUUAUACAGUUUAAAUUACUUUCAAGUGAUACUUUUGGGUGUCUGUUGCAUUACUUGAUGAAAUUACCAAUUCUGACCGAUAAUAACGAUCCCAAAACGUAUCGCACAAAUACAUUUUACUGUGUAAAUAAAGCAAUACAACUUUACAUGGACUGAACUGUUGGACACAGAAAAGCACUGCAAAUUAUUCAGAAACAUGUUUUAAUAAAGUUGUUUGACUUUUUUUCUUUUAACUAGUUAUGCCACUGAGCAGAUGAAGAGGUGUGAGGGGCAAUUUAAAAAUCAUAUAACCAUCAGUUUUUCAGUCUUUUGAAAAUGUUUGAUGGAAAUAAAGCCAGAGUCUCUGAAUAGAUGAAUAUUUGUGGCCCAGUGGCGAAUAAGACCAUAAACGUACUCAUCCUACUCACACAAUAAGCAGUGAGAAACAAGCAUGAAUUACAGUCUUCUAGAAGAACGCCAGCAUCUGGAUAUCAUUGCACGGAUUAAAGUUUACCAGCACCACAUCAGGUGCUACAACCUCACCCAACAUCACCCAGCAUCACCCAGCAGGAGUGCAUACGAGAGCUCAAACGUGUGACGCUGCUGGACAGAAAAAAGUCUGCGUUAUAUCGGAUUAAGCCGAUGUGCCAAAAGCAUAGAUUAUAAUCCAACAAGCAGAAGUGAACCGUUUCCUGUGUGUGCUGCAUGUGAGAAAGGAAAACUGUGGAAAAUAUCCUCAUUCUGAAUUUGACAGUCUCUGAUAUUCAUGUGUGAACGAGGAUCUGAUUUCUCAGCUGUAUUUCUUUUGUUUGACUUCUAAUUUAAAAAAACAACAGUUGCAUCACUCUUUGGGCUGCAUCUCACUUUUACUUUAUAGUUUCUUCUACUAAUGAUAUUUACAAAUGCUGUAUUGUCACCUUUCUGAACACCUUUAAGAUAAACAGGAUAUUCCAUGGAAUUCUGUACAUUAUUUUUUUUCUUAAAGAAUAAAACAGAGGUGAAUUUGUCA